CUAGGUUAUUAUAAAGCAAAUUUUGGUGAUGAAAGCUGCUUACUACCCAUCCUCUUUAACUAAGGACGAAGCUUUAAUGACUAUACAACAUAUUUGACAAUAUUUUAAUACGAAAUAAGUUCUUUGAGGCCAUAUUUCAUAAAUGCUUGCAAUUUUCUAUCUCAAUAAUUUAGCAUUUUCACCGCUGGAAUAAACUGCCUCAAUGAUUUGUUUCUACAUGGGGCCUUGACCUUGAGAGUUCUUGUUAUUAAUAUCUGAUUAAAUUCUUGAAGAAAUUUUAUUAGAUUAUAAUAUUGUUCUGAAAGGAUCUUGUUCUUUUUAUUAAAAAUCCAAACUUUACUAUCUAUUUUACUACCAGCUUUGACUGAAAGUACGAAUCAAAAAUUUGUAUAAUAAGGUUGAGCCUCUUGCUUUCCCUUUACAAGCCAGCAACUUUAAGGAAAAUAGCUAUUUUGCAACAAAUUUGUUGCAUGAAAGCUAAACUUUAUUUCUGUCAAGCAUCCUAUUGAAGUUUUUCACCAUUUCAGGAUUUGAAGGUUAUAAAAAGCUUGAUUAGAGGAGAAAAGACUCCAAAAUGAAAUUACUAGGAAUCAACAUUUUGCAGGUUUGGUGAUUAAUUUUGAUCAGAAAUCUUGAAAAAUAGUUUCUUAUUUUUAACCAUGAUGACUGCUUUUUAAUACUAUGAGUAUAACUUGUUCCAUUACGAUAUAGGCUAAGAUAUAAAGUUAAGAAAAGUAAAACACUGGAGGAAAACUGGAAAGAAUUCUUUUAAAUUUCAGAUUCUCACUGCCUAAUUUCUUCAUCUCCUCUAAAUUCAAGUUCAUCAACAGAUCUAAUACUAAUAUUUAUAAUGAACAAUACA